AUGGAUUCUGAUUCUGAUGAAGACCGACUUGUCAUUGUCGAAGAAGAAGAGGGUGGUCAACCUGAGGUCGAGGCAGCUUGUGAGAAGGCGGUAAAGGAGGAAAACCCGGUCCAAGAAGUUUGUGCGAAGCUGAUAAAGGAGGAACCCCCGGAUGAAUAUGAAUCUCCUGCGAAAGGAAACCUUUCCAGGUUUGACUUCAAUAAGCAGGCUCGAAUUGAAUAUGAUUUUCUGGAGAAAGACGUUGAAGUCGCCUCAAAGCAAAAGGAAUCGUCAUCAGAUGGUCGAAAUGGUCGCCGGAAGAGGUCCUGUUUGCCGGCUUCCCUAAAAGAACGUAUUAUUCGUUCGAGUGCGAGGACAAAAGCGCUUUCUGCUGAGGAUGUUGAGUUGAAAAAGAAACAACAGCCUCGCCUUCCGAAAUCCGUUCGUUUCUCUAAGCAAGACACCAAAGUAGUAAUAAAAACGGAAUUAGAUGAGGAAGUCAGUAGUUCAUCAGAGCCUCCUCUAUUUGAAAAUGACCUCUGCGAUCUCAAGCCGUCCGUUCAGAAGUCUACGCUCCCUCCUCAUUCUGAGAAGCCAAGCCAACAAAGGCGUCGCGGUGCCGUAAGUGCAAAUCCGAUAUGUGGUAGGAAGCGAGUCCGCAGAAAACCUAAGAAAAUCGAUCCUUCUGACUCUGACGUAGCAGGAACUUCUAAGAAACCUGCUGCCGCUAGAGGGCCACGUCUGGCAUCCAAAAAAGUGAUUAAGCAAGAACCCCCUGAAGUUCAGGAAAAUGUCCAAGAACCGAGCCAGCUCUACAAGUCCGUCGCGGACAACGACGAUGUUAGCUUUUUGGAAAAGUUGAUGUCUGAAGUGGAUUGGAAUGAGAAACCUGCAACGAAAGCUAAACGCGGACGUCCUGCCAAAUAUGUGAAGGGAAAGGAGAAUAAGCGCAUUUCGAAGGCUGAACCUGAGCAAUCCCAAGUGAGAGAUGUACAUGAGGAAAGUAUUUCCAAACGUCUUAGAAAUAGGCCUCAGAGGGAAGCAACAAUUCCAAUCAAGCUGGAAUCUCCUAAAAUGACACCCGAAAAGCCUGAUCAGGACUCGUCAAGCAGUUCCGGAGAUGAAUUUGAGCUAAAAGACAACAGUGAUGAAGAGGAAUUCGAAGAAAGGAUGUCACGUGCAAGUCGCAGAAAAUUAACACGGUCUCUGCUGCGAGAAUGUAAUUCGCUUCCCGCCCGCGGUUCAAGACGGAAGGUUUCACAAUCUACAUCUGUCCGUAAAAGGGUGCCACGUCCUUGUAUCGAAGAGCAUGUUGAAGAUGAUGGUAUAGAGACUUUCGACACAUUUCUGAAGUAUCCCAACGACAUUGUUUGUCCAGAAACAGUUGAAGGUGGUGUCCCUGAACCAGACCUGGAAAGGAAACUGAUGGAAAAGCUGCAACGUAUGGAGGAGGAACUGGCACGUCUGAAGGAGAUCAAAGCCAAAUUAGAACAAGAAGACGAUCUUGGAGCGGAGCCGUUUCUGGACUACGUCGCUUAUCGCCUACAUCCCCUGAACACACGCGGUGAAGACAGGCGUUUAUUUGGCAUACAUCCUCAGCAGCUUCAGAACAACUCAUGUGCUUUGAGCGAUUUGAGUGCUGCCAUGUGGUGUGUAAAACCACCCAAGUAG